AUGUCGGCCGUAGCCGGAGCGACGCACUCAACAAUCGCCGCCGCCAAGCCCAGUAGUGUGGAAAACAUGUCAUCAUCGUCUGUAGUGACGGAAACGACCCGUGUCAACGGGAGCAAUCAAUUGGCCGCUCCGGAGGCCAUGGAUAUCUCGACAAAUAAUACUGUGACGAAUGAGGCCCGUAAUAGUUCUUCUGGCGACACCAAAGAAGAGAACUCCAAAGGAGACGCUCCUCCUCUCCCGGCUGAUAUCAAGAGAAUACUGGGUGAAGUGGCUAGGACUGGAUCCUGCUCUUGGCUUCCUUGGUACCAUGCCAAGAACGGCCAAGCCGCCUCCACAGCUGCAGAACCAGCACCAGCUCCUCCCGUAACCAACAACAACAGCAAACUCCCUGCAUCCGCCAACAACACAAACAAGUAUGCUUUGGGGAGUCGAAAACCAUACGCAAACCGAUUCCCGUCUACUGGACCUGGAGUUGGAGUCGCCAAAGCCACUCGAAAGAAACACCGAAAUGGAGUCAAGGUGAACCGAAUGAGGAGGCAAGUACAAGAAGGGGGGACCAAAACUCAGACUGGCAGUAGAAAGCGUCCGCUGUUCCUGAUACGGACAUCGGCAUCGAGUGCUGCUGCUGGGGGUGUCUUUUCACCUGGAUCCGUUGGUAGUGGCCGGACGUCGGGAAGUGAACCGGAUGACUCCACCCAAUACGAAUGUGAUUCCGAGGGAACAUCCGCCACAUCUUGCAGCGAACUGAGUACGGAACGAAGGGAUCAUCACCUUAGAAAUAUCCAACGAGUGGCAAUACCAACGUCCAAGUUACCCCCACCGGCGUCACUGGGGGAAGAAGCCAUGUCUUCACUGGAGAAUUACAACUGUUUACGGGAUGUUUUUCGAAUGGCAUUGGAUAUGGUCUUGGAUCAUUGGUAUCGUCACAAAGGAGGCUACAAAUUGUCACCCGCCGAAAAACGGAGAAGCGCCACGGCCACUUCCGAAAAAGCCAAAUCCACAGCACCGCCACCCCUGGUCAAUGGCGACAGCGGUCACGCAGCCUCCAAAACCACAGAAGGGGGGAGUAACAAUUCCAAAAAGCCACCACCAUCGCCAUCGAAAGCCCCAGUGCCAUCGGUUUCAUCCGAAGAAAUUUUUCAACAACGACGGAAACGUCUGCUUCAAAUGCUGGGGCAUGCGGGCGAGAGAACGAGUAGAAGGAAUUCGUCUGCAGGCAGUAGGCGGUUUCGAGGAGAAGAUGAAGGUCCUCCUUUUACAAUCCAAAGAAUCGCCGAGGUGUUGAUUGCACCGGAACGAUACUAUACUCAAACCCACAAACUAUGUAAUUGUCUGGAGAAGUUGUUACUGGUCACCUCAUCAACGAGUGCCUUUGGGGGAAGCACGGGAGGGAUUACGUCGCAGAGCCGGCUCGAGGAGCGCGAACUCGCAGCGUUGGCAAGUGAAAAGGGACGUUUGGAAUCAGAAUUUCGACAAAGAGCAUUGAAGAGGCGGUGUUCAUCAUUAUCAGAUGAUUUACCAUUAGAUCCGGGGGGUGAUAAUACGUUGAGGCGACACGGUUCUCCAUCCCGAGAUGAAGCGCAUUCUGCUGGUGUGAAAAGCAACGAUCAGUCGCCAGAAAAGAAACCAGGUAACGAUGCCGAGUCUUCGAGGGAAAUGUUGGAAGCAGCUGCACGGUCGCUGCGGACAAAAUUCGAUCAUGUGGGGAUUGAUCCGCAUUCAUCUGCUGUGGCCAAUCGAGAUGUGCGGUCUAUUGCCGAAAAUCGUGGAAUGACCAACUCGCCACCGCCACCCAGUUUGGCCAUGUCAGCGGCUGCCGCUUCGAAUAUUGCUCUUCCAGGGCAUACUUCAGUUGGAAGUUUUGUACGACAACACCUACCGGAACAAAAUGCAGAGCAUCCAUCCAUUGCUCGAGUGCCAUCGCCGAUUUUAUUUUCGCAGGGCAAUGAAUCCUCGACAAUUGGUCCACUUCAUGCACCCCCCAAUAUUCAGUUGCUUCAUAUGCAUCAUGGCCAUGGCCACGGAGCUUCGCUAGCAGGAGUAUCCAUGAGGUCAACAACGCCUUUCGAUGUCGUAACAAUCGACGCGGGCGGCGGCGGAGCGUCGGCCUCGAACGCCACCGGCACCAACGAAGGAGCGGACCUUGAGGGACGGUCAUCAGCAUCCAAUUCAGAUGUGGAUUCUGAAUCAGAUGAUGUGUCGUUUGACGAUUCCGCGUCCGAUCGCAGUGAUGGGUCGGACUCGGGUCACAUGGAACCUUUCACAGCUGCCCGGGCUAUGGCACUUAAUCGAAUUCAACAACAACAGCGACUUCAGAAUCGUGGUGGACUACUGACUUCACUGGCGCUUCAUCAAAACGAGGGUGGUUUUCGUCCACCAAAUGAUUCGGAGUAUCAAAGUGGUGACAGCAUCGACUCGACCAGAGGGGAGGAUUCAGGUGGUAGCGACUCAUCAUCUUCCGAUCUUGCCGACUGA